AUGAGCUCCCUGGGCUUGCGGAGCCUAGCUCCCGCAUCCAAGUUCUCCCGUGCUAUCAACCAGAGACGCCUUUUCUCGUCGUCCCGGCCCGCAGCUCGGAUAUUCGCCAAUAACCCGCUGCGCGCUAAGGAGGCCAAUGGCUACAUCUCCGACAAAUACCCCGUGAUUGACCACGAGUACGAUGCCGUCGUCGUUGGUGCUGGUGGUGCCGGUCUACGUGCGGCUUUCGGUUUGGCGGAAGCUGGUUUCAACACUGCCUGUGUUUCCAAGCUUUUCCCUACCAGAAGUCACACUGUCGCUGCUCAGGGUGGUAUCAACGCUGCUCUUGGAAACAUGCACCAGGAUGACUGGAGAUGGCACAUGUACGAUACCGUCAAGGGUUCCGACUGGCUCGGUGACCAGGACGCUAUCCACUACAUGACCAAGGAAGCCCCCGCUUCCGUUCGUGAGCUCGAAAGCUACGGUUGCCCCUUCUCGCGUACCGAGGAUGGACGUAUUUACCAGCGUGCGUUCGGUGGUCAGUCCAAGGAGUUCGGUAAGGGCGGUCAGGCCUACCGUUGCUGCGCUGCUGCCGAUCGUACCGGUCACGCCCUUCUGCACACCCUCUACGGACAGUCUCUGGCUCACAAUACCAACUACUUCAUUGAAUAUUUCGCCCUCGACUUGCUGAUGGAGGACGGUGAGUGCCGCGGUAUCAUCGCCUACAACCAGGAGGACGGUACCCUCCACCGUUUUAAGGCCCACCACACCGUCCUGGCCACCGGUGGUUACGGACGUGCCUACUUCUCGUGUACCUCCGCUCACACUUGCACUGGUGACGGUAUGGCCAUGGUCGCCCGUGCUGGUCUCCCCAACCAGGAUCUGGAAUUCGUCCAGUUCCACCCGACUGGUAUCUACGGUGCCGGAUGUCUGAUCACUGAGGGAUCUCGUGGUGAGGGUGGUUACCUGCUGAACUCGGAGGGUGAGCGUUUCAUGGAGCGUUACGCCCCUACCGCUAAGGACUUGGCUUCGCGUGACGUUGUCUCCCGUUCGAUGACUCUGGAAAUUCGUGAGGGCCGUGGUGUCGGUCCCGAGAAGGACCACAUCUAUCUCCAGCUGAGCCACUUGCCCGCUGAGCUCCUGCACGAGCGUCUGCCCGGUAUCUCCGAGACCGCCUCGAUUUUCGCCGGUGUCGAUGUCACCAAGCAGCCCAUCCCUGUCCUGCCCACCGUUCACUACAACAUGGGUGGUAUCCCCACCAAGUAUACUGGUGAAGUCCUGACUGUUGACGAGAGCGGCAAGGACAAGGUUGUCCCUGGUCUGUACGCCUGCGGUGAAGCCGCCUGUGUGUCUGUCCACGGUGCCAACCGUCUGGGAGCCAACUCGCUUCUUGACCUGAUCGUUUUCGGUCGUGCUGUCUCCCACCGUGUCCGUGACAUCUCCAGCCCCGGCCAGCCCCACAAGGAACUGAGCUCCGAUGCUGGUGCUCAGUCGAUCCAGGACCUUGACUUUGUCCGCAACGCCGACGGUCCUCAGACGACCUUUGACAUCCGUAAUGCCAUGCAGAAGUCGAUGCAGUCGGACGUCAGCGUUUUCCGUACCCAGGAGAGUUUGGACGAGGGUGUUGAGAAGGUCACCAAGGUCGACUCGCAGUUCGACCAGGUUGGUACCAAGGACCGCAGCAUGAUCUGGAACUCGGACUUGGUUGAGACUCUUGAGCUCCGUAACCUGCUGACUUGCGCAUCUCAAACCGCUGUUGCCGCCGCCAACCGUAAGGAGUCCCGUGGUGCCCACGCCCGUGAGGACUACCCUGAGCGUGACGAUGAGAACUGGAUGAAGCACACCCUCACAUGGCAGAAGACCCCCCACGGCAAGGUCGAGCUUGGCUACCGUGCAGUGGAGGCCGACACCCUGGACAGCGCCGAGUGCAAGCCUGUGCCGCCGUUCAAGCGUACCUACUAA